UUUGAAUUGACUCAUUUGUUCAAAAUCUGCUUUUUAUAUUCUUAAAAGUGUCAAAGUUUGUCUCUUCAAGUUAUUUCUUUAAAAACUUAGAAAAUUGUCCUAUGCUACACUGAUUUGGACUAGAAGUUCAUCUGUUGCAGGGGCUUAUAAUCUUCCUAAUAUCAUGGAUUUAGUAGGAUUUGGCAUUUUUUUUAGUGUUCGUUCAUAGCAAACUCUGCUCGGAGAGGGAGGUUAUCAUGCAAGUGCCAUGAUUAUGAUCUCUGCUCAAUGUAUGGUUAUCAUGCAGGUCUCCUGGUUCCCUGCCUUCAUAUCUACCAUUUAGAAAAUCUAUAAUAAGUUGGCUUCUUAAAGCCCAUGCCAAUCUUGUUUUGUUUUACAUUGAACAAGCAGAUUGGUAUUAUUUUUUUCUUCUCAUUGUGCAACUAUUUGUUUCUUGGCGUCAAUCUUAGAGAACUUUGUUUUAAACUGAGGAUCCAUCGAACCAUUUCAUCAUUGCUCUAUAUGAAAUGCAGUGCGAUACUUUUGAAAAUUGUUUGGUUUUUCUCUGUUCUCCAGUACACUUCUGUCAAACCUCUGGGUGAUAGAGUGCUAAUUAAGAUCAAGACUUCUGAGGAGGUGACUGCUGGCGGCAUAUUACUACCCUCAACAGCUCAAUCAAAACCCCAGUCCGGCGAAGUGGUUGCCGUCGGAGAAGGAAGGGCCGUAGGCAACAAUAAGUUAGCAGUUGGUAUUCAGGUGCUUGUACUGAUUCAAUUCAUAGCCGAUUUAAAUUUCUCGACCUUAAUGAGAUUAUUCUACUUGGUGCAGCCUGGAUCACAAGUUAUAUACUCGAAGUACGCAGGCACAGAACUGGAACUGAAUGGAGCCAGUCACAUUAUCCUGAAGGAGGAUGACAUUGUUGGCAUUCUGGAAGCUGAGGAUGUCAAGGAUUUAAAGCCUCUCAAUGACAGGAUUCUAAUCAAGGUUGCGGAAGCUGAGGAGAAGACUGCCGGCGGUCUGCUCUUGACAGAGGCAAGCAAAGAGAAGCCUUCCAUUGGAACGGUUGUUGCAGUGGGUUCAGGUGCCCUCGACGAGGAAGGGAAUCGGAAGCCAUUGACGGUGGAGAGCGGGAGCACGGUGCUGUACUCCAAGUACGCCGGUAACGAGUUCAAGGGCGCUGAUGGCUCCGGCUACGUUGUUCUCAAAGCGUCCGACGUCUUGGCGAUCCUCUCCUGAAUCGUUGCGAUUGCAUCUGGACAAACUGCUUCAAGAAUUUUGUAAUGACAAUAAUUCUUACCGAAAUUCGCUUUGGAUGCUCUUGUUCUUAUGUAGCUGGGAAAAUCAGAAAAAGUGAUAAUGUGCAACUAUCUUUAUUAA